UGGGACGGACAGCUGGCUGGUGAAACACACUGAACGGGCACAAGAUCUCCGCUUUUAAACAACCCACAAUCUUUGUCGUGCGGGAGUUGACGGAUACUUUACGAACUUUCCCGGUACAAAGAACUGUGUCAGCGCUUAUAAAAGUAGCGCGCGUGUGUUUUUAUUUACGUGUUGUGUUUACACAAUAGCCUAAUAUUUCUUGUUUGCGAAAAGAAGAUUGCGAUUAAUCGUCAUCAUCAUAGGCUAUGUUUUUUGGAAACUUUGUUUUUUAUCGGGUCCAAUAGAAACCCAAUGAUAGCCUAAUAUCAACGACCGAAUCGCAACUUAUUUCGCAAUUGAAGUGAAAGGUCACACGUGGGAUUUCGAGAAGAUCGCGAAGUUUUGAACUGAUCGCUGCGGUCCUCUUGUGACGGUAGGCUACUGGUGUAAUCGUACGGACAUCCUCAGUCGUUAUUGACGCUAUUUCGGAGCGACUGAUACUCCAAGUCGAACAUGUUUUGGGGAUUUCCGCACUGAGAAUGAAAAUUCGCAGUGCGAAUUAUGCCACCGUCUAUUUACUUGGUAAAUAUCCCAAGAGUUACUCUGAUUAGAGAUCUAAAGUUUUGAUCCAUUUGUUGUUUAUAGAGAGGUCUUGGAGAACUACUCAAACGUCAUCGAGGAUCGUUUGUAACCUCCACCCCGCGUGAAAAGAGUUCAACUGUAUCUGUUGUAACCCCAAAAGUGUUACGGGAUAGCAUGGCAAUGGUAGUAAAUCAGUGGCAAGAGAACAUUUCGGCGGAUCCCGGGUCCCAGCUGCAGAUUUGCAGUCAGGAGCCCGGCGGGACCCCAGGAACUCCCUCAGGUUCAACCCCGGGUAACGACGCGCUCUCCGGGGACAAAAUCCCCAAUGUGGACUGCAUGGUGUGCGGGGACAAGUCCAGUGGCAAACACUACGGCCAGUUUACCUGCGAGGGCUGUAAGAGCUUCUUCAAGCGCUCGGUGCGACGAAACCUGAGUUACACCUGCCGCGGGAACCGCGACUGUCCCAUUGACCAGCACCAUCGGAACCAGUGCCAAUACUGUCGACUGAAAAAGUGCUUGAAAGUGGGAAUGAGGAGAGAGGCUGUCCAAAGGGGUCGUAUGUCCAACUCGCAAUCCAGUCCAGGACAGUACCUGACCAACGGGAGUGACCCAUACAACGGACAGCCUUAUCUUUCUGGCUUCAUCUCGCUGCUCUUGCGAGCCGAGCCGUACCCCACCUCCCGAUAUGGAGCUCAGUGCAUGCAGUCCAAUAACCUUAUGGGCAUCGAAAACAUCUGUGAAUUGGCCGCCCGUUUGCUCUUUAGUGCUGUGGAGUGGGCGAAGAACAUCCCUUUCUUUCCUGACCUACAACUCAUGGACCAGGUGGCGCUCUUACGCAUGUCAUGGAGUGAGUUGUUUGUUCUGAAUGCUGCUCAGUGUUCUAUGCCACUGCAUGUGGCUCCCCUGCUGGCUGCAGCUGGUCUACAUGCCUCCCCCAUGUCAGCCGAGCGAGUGGUGGCCUUCAUGGACCACAUACGUGUCUUCCAAGAGCAGGUGGAGAAACUGAAAGCCCUUCAGGUAGACACGGCCGAGUACUCCUGCCUGAAGUCCAUUGUACUUUUCACGUCUGAUGCCAUGGGUCUUUCAGAUGUAGCCCAUGUGGAGAGCAUCCAGGAAAAGUCUCAGUGUGCUCUUGAGGAGUAUGUGCGGAACCAGUAUCCCAAUCAACCCAACCGAUUUGGCCGUUUGUUGUUACGGCUGCCCUCCCUGCGCAUUGUCUCCUCUCCUGUCAUCGAACAGCUCUUCUUUGUUCGCCUGGUAGGUAAAACACCCAUUGAGACCCUGUUAAGGGACAUGCUGCUAUCUGGCUCCAGCUACAACUGGCCUUACAUGCCCGUCCAGAGAGACCGCCCCAUCUCCCUACAUUACAACGAGAACGGGCCUUGAUCCCGCCUCAUAAUCCAUAUCACACCCUUGCUGCUGUGGGGUGAUGGCCAAUACAGAGAAUCUGUCAGUGAGCCACACCCCUUUUUGCUACAUCAUCACCGCUCACUUAUCUGAAGCAUCAGCCACCUGUCCCGAAAAUGUGAAUGGACCACCUCAUACAUACUGGAGAGUUCACUAAGAUAGAGAACUUGGCUACAGGACAGUUUAGCCAGAAGUUCAGUGUCCAUUCCUGACUUUGACCUAACCAGAAGCCAUUACAGCUGAUUCCAAAAUUAUUACCAGAAAAGCUAUUGACUGUCGAUGGACCUCGGAAACGGCACCAUUUGUUUUAAAGACAACAUCAAUAUUCUGUCCAUAUGUGCGUGGUGACUUAAACUGAAACUAAGUUGAUCCUAGCUGUUAAAUUCAGGAUGGCUGAAGUCUGUAUUAUGGUCACCCAAAAGAACGAGAGACCGGCAAGACUCUCGCAGAACUCAUUGGAGAGAAAACCAUUGCCCAAGCAGGACAGGCAACAGAACUCCUGGAAGUAUUUUGUGGAAGUUAUGACUGAGGAGAAAUUUUGUCAAUUUUGUUGUUGAUUUUUAUUUGCAUUUAGGUCUCUGACAAAGAAGACUUGAAAGAGGCACUUGAAACCAGCAAGAUACCCUCAACUCUCCAUGCUCUUCUCAGCUACAUCCAAAUAUUCAGUAUUCAGACAGAAUGUUGCGGUGUCAAGCACAACAUAUGUCAGUCAUGAUAAAUGCAGGUUUUUAUCUCUACGACAGUUGCUCUAUCACUUUAAAAAAAAAAUCCAAAAUGACCCAGAUUACCCUAAUUCACCCAAUACCAACAAUCUCAAGACUUCAACAAUGCCAGCAGUCUGCCUUUGAUGACCAGGUAUAAUGCAUAGGUAUCAAGUAUUUUUGUUCAUUUUUAUUGCUCGUUUGAAUAUGUUUAAACCCCGUUGUCACAUUUGUAACAUGGCACUACAGCUUUUAAGGCAGCAUUUGGAUAUAUAAGCCAUUGGGACCUUUGAAAGCAGGACCUGUUGUAUUAGUUCACAAAAUAUUUCUAUAAAGGUAUUUUUUUCUGUAUUUUAGGUUUGGAGAAAUUAAUUCAUGAAAUAAAAUGUGUCUUGC